AUGGUCAGGAGCGCGAAACGUAAGUCCUGGAGGAAUUUCUGCAGCGGCGUCGAAAGUUCCUCUGAGACAAAUCGUCUGCGCAAGAUCUUAUCGAAAACACCAACUGUUCAAGGUUAUAUUCAGAAACAGGAUGGUAGGUGGACUACUGAUGGACGUGAGACACUAGAAGUACUCAUGGACACUCAUUUUCCGGGGAACUUGCCUCCAGAUAUUGCUAGUGCAUCCCAACCGAACAAUCGGACAACUUCGUCAAUUAUACUUGACGAACAUUUGAUAAAAUGGGCCAUACGGAGUUUUGACUCUUACAAGUCUCCGGGCCCAGAUGGCAUAAUACCCGCUGAUCUACAGAAUAAUAUAGAUCUAGUCACUCCUUGGCUGAUAACUAUCUAUCAUGCCUGUCUUGCAUGGUCCUACAUACCAAAACGGUGGACCGAAUGCACUGUGACAUUCAUUCCGAAAGGGGGGAAAGCGUCACACACCAAAGCAAAAGAUUUCAGACCGAUAAGUCUAUCAUCAUUCUUGCUGAAAACCCUUGAAAGAAUCAUCGACAUCCACAUACGAGUGUCUUUGAAACAAGGAUCAGUAUCUCCCUCUCAACACGCCUACAUGAAAGGCAAAUCCGUUGAGACAGCACUUCACUCCUUAGUGGGAUAUAUUGAGAAAUCCCUUGAAUUUGGUAAUUUCUCGUUAGUGGCCUUUCUGGAUAUAGAAGGAGCCUUCAAUAACGUAGAAUCUGCAACUAUCGUUUCAGCUCUACAGGAUCUUGGUUUAGACCAAUCAACUGUAAGGUUUAAAAAACGCUUUAGGGUUACGAAGGAAGCUUUUAACUACAUUCUUGCCGAGCUAGAAUUUGUGGCACACUUGUCGACAGCAGUACCUCCAAAAAUACAAUUGGCCUCAACUUUAUUGCUUUUGGCUUCAGGAGGGUUUCAAAACACCGUCGGAAAUGAUUUUCUGAUUGGUGUAGGCCAAAGCACACUUUCCAAAAUAAUCAAAAGAGUGGUGAAUGAAAUGGAAAGCAAGCUAUGUAGUAAAUUUAUUGAGUUUAAUCUCGAUAACUGCGACGAUUCAAAGCAAUUCUUUUUGCAAAAAUACAAAAUUCCUGGAGUAAUCGGCUGUAUAGACGGAACUCAUUUUGGUUUGCAAAAGCCACCAAAUGAGCAUAUGUUUUUUAAUAGAAAGGGGUUCCAUAGCCUUAAUUCCAUGAUUAUAUGUGAUCACAAAUACAGAAUUUUAGCAAUAAAUUCUAAGUAUGGAGGUGCUGCCCAUGAUUCUUUUGUAUGGAAACAGUCUGAGGAAAGAAUUCUUUUAGAACAAAAAUAUAGCUCCAAUUUACGAAAUUUUUGGCUUUUAGGUGAUUCUGGCUACCCGCUUGAGCCGUGGUUGCUAACCCCAUACCGAAGUCCUCAAGAAGGAUCAAUGGAGUCUCGUUUUAACGAUAUACAUUCUAAAGCCAGAUGCGUAGUAGAAAGGACCAUCGGCAUAUUAAAAGCGAGAUGGAAAAUUUUAUGCCAUGACAAAAGAAGUAGGUAUAGUCCUCAAAAAGUGGCAAAAUUUUCAAAUGUUUGUGCUGCACUGCAUAAUAUAUGCAUUCACUUCAAAGUGCCUAAUUACGAGGAUGUCCAGCAAACUCCUGUUGAAAGUACAAUGCUAGAUAUGGAUAAUGGAAACGAGACUCAAAUAACUAAAAUAGGAAAAAAAAUCAGAGAUAAUAUCAAAAAUUCGUUGUGUUCCAAUUAGAAUAAAGAUACAUAAAGGUUU